AUGGUCGACGUCGACCGAAGGCCGCCACUCCCGCACGGCCUCCCUCGCCCUCCCUCCCACGCUGCCGGCCUGCGCCGCCUCUCUACACGCGCAUCCGCCCCCAGCACCCCGCGCACCGCGGCAGCGCCACCCUCCUCCUCCGCCGCCGCGGGACCCGCCCCCUCCCCCUCCGCCGUACUGGCUCACCUAUCCGCGGCCGGCGUAUCCAUUCUCUCGGGUCUCUCCGAAUCCGAGCUCGCCGUAGCCGAGGUCGCUCUCGGCGGUCUCCAGCUCCCGCCCGAACUCCGCGAGCUCCUCGCUCUCGGCGUGCCCUCGGGCGACGGCUUCCCGGACUACCGCUCUCCGGCAGGUCUCCGCCUCCUCCGCUUCGCCGCGCAGGAAAUCCCCGCCGCCGUCGCCGCGACGCUGCCCCUCCUCCCGGGCCGCCGGGGAGGACGGGCGCCGCCCCCGCCGCCUCUCGUCCCGGUGCACGGACGGCAUUACGUGCCGGCGACCCCCUGCCUCGCCGGAAACCCCGUGUUCCACGUCUCGGACUCCGGCGUCGCCUUCGCCGGCGCCAACGUGGCCGACUUCCUCCUCCGCGCCUUCACCGCCGAACCACCACCCGGCGCGCCCCUCCGGCGCCAGCUCUCCGCACCAGUUCCCCCACCGGCGCCUUCCCCCGCGCCUCCGUCGACAGCUCGGCGGAGCCUCGACUCCGUGACCGGCAGGGCGCCGCGCUGGAUCGAGUUCUGGACGGACGCCGCGGCCGCAGGCGACCGUUUCUUGGAAGUCCGUACCGACUCCCCGGAGGCCACCACCACGGCGUCGCACGCCCCUUCUUGGCUGCGCUCGUACCUGGAGUGGGCAGGGUCCCUGCUGAGGCGCGGAGGGUGGGGCGACGACGAGGUGGAGGAGAUCACGGGAGUGAGCCCCAGCGGCGGCGAGGCGACGGCGUCGGCGUUGAAGGUUGACUGGUGCUGCGGGGAGCUGAGGAGGGGAGGGUGGGGAACGGAGGAGGUGGUGGAGGUGCUCGGGGCGCUGCUGGGGCCGAGGAGGGUCCGGCGUGCGUCGGUGGCCCUGUCGCCGGACGUGGCGGCGCGGGUGGGGAGGCUCGCCGAGGCCGUUUCGCUGGCGGUUGGUUCGGGCGGCGGCGGCGGCCAGAAGAAACCCGUGAUUAGGCGAUUUUGA